AUGGAGUCCCAAUCUGACGGCAACAACAACAACAACAACCCCAACUCCAACUUAGCGUCGACAAUGAAAACCCUUCGGACGGAGCUGGAAUCCCGCAUUCAAACCCAACGCUCCGCCCAACUCGACCUCUUGGCUUCUCUCCAACCUCUCGUCCCCGACAUCGUCUCUUCCCUCGACCUCUCCCUCCAAGUCGUCUCUUCAUUCAACGGUAAGCCCUUCACUCCCACUCCCGCCCUCCCCAAUGCCGCCGCCGCCGCCGGUAACAGCAGGCCCUCGAUCGAAAUCAGGCACGGCCAGCACUCCGCCGUUCCCAGAGAUCCGGGCGGUGUAGCUUCCAUUUCCAGGAUUCAGAACGCAGGAGACGACGAUGACGAUGAUGAUGACAAGUUAGGCGAUGGGGAGAGCCCCUUGUCGGUCGUGCGGGUGAUGGUGGCGGAGUGUCUGCUGCAGAGGGUUCCUUUCCAACCGAUUGAUUCCUCCACCGUGCUGAGGAAGCUGGAGAACGACGAGAACGUCACCGCUGCUGAGAAGGCAGCGUUGAGGGAAGUGGGAGGGGAGUCCGGUGCUAUUCUCGCCGUGGAGAUGGCUCUGAGGUCCAUGGCGGAGGAGAACCGAGGGGUUGACCUUGGGGAGUUUGUGGUGAGUGGCAAGUCUAGAGUCAUGGUUUUGAACAUUGAUAGGAAUAUGUUGAUGAAGGAGCUGCCUGAGAGUGCCCAACAUCAGGAGGAGAUGGAGUUGCUGAAUUCGUCUAGUGAGCUGAAUCAUAAUCAGAGUGGGAACAACAAUGUGGGUUUCGGGCCGCGGGCUCCAAUUGAUAAUGGGUGGAUGGGAGUAGGGGGUUCGAGUGAUGGUGAUUUGUGGAGGGGAGGAAUGUUGGCUCCCAGGCCAGGGAUGUUGAUGCCUCCUAGAGGCGGGAGGAUGCAGAGACCACCUCUCGGGCCAAGUAAUGUGCCUCUAUCUGUGCCACUGCAGCAGCAGCAGCAGCACAGGACGGAGGAGGAUGAUAUGAAGGAUUUGGAAGCUAUCUUGAAUAAGAAGUCAUUUAAGGAGAUGCAGAAAUCAAAGACUGGCGAGGAGCUUUUGGACCUUAUCCAUCGGCCUACUGCUAAAGAAACUGCUGUGGCUGCUAAGUUCAAAACCAAAGGUGGUUCUCAACUGAAGGAGUACUGUACAGCUUUAACUAAAGAGGACUGUAGACGGCAAUCUGGUUCCUUUAUGGCUUGUGAGAAGGUCCACUUCCGAAGAAUUAUUGCUCCUCAUACUGAUAUUAGCCAAGGAGAUUGCUCAUUUCUAGACACUUGUCGGCACAUGAAGACAUGCAAGUACGUGCACUAUGAGCUUGACCUGACUCCUGAUGCACCAGCGAUGAUGAUGGGCAGUGGGAAUCUAGCACCCCCCAAGCCUAUUAAGCCCCAGCGUGCUGAAUAUUGUUCGGAAGUCGAGCUCGGGGAGCCACAAUGGAUUAAUUGUGACAUUAGAACAUUUAAAAUGGAGAUUUUAGGUUCUUUUGGAGUGAUAAUGGCUGAUCCGCCAUGGGAUAUCCAUAUGGAACUGCCUUAUGGAACUAUGGCUGAUGAUGAGAUGCGCAACUUGAAUGUCCCUGCCCUGCAAACUGAUGGCUUGAUUUUCCUUUGGGUAACUGGACGUGCAAUGGAGCUCGGACGUGAAUGUUUAGAAUUAUGGGGUUAUAAACGUGUUGAGGAGAUCAUUUGGGUAAAGACCAACCAACUUCAGAGAAUAAUUAGGACAGGCAGGACAGGGCAUUGGCUCAAUCAUAGUAAGGAGCACUGUCUAGUUGGAAUAAAGGGGGAUCCUAUAGUGAAUAGGAAUAUAGACACUGAUGUUCUGGUUGCCGAGGUUCGAGAGACGAGCCGAAAGCCUGAUGAGAUGUAUUCCUUGCUGGAGAGGAUAAGUCCAAGGACAAGGAAGUUGGAAUUGUUUGCUCGCAUGCACAAUACUCAGGCAGGGUGGAUGUCGCUGGGGAAUCAGUUGGAUGGCGUACGACUGGUAGAUGAAGGGCUGAGAGCACGAUUUAAGGCGGCUUACCCAGAUGUGGUGGUGCAGCCGGCUUCUCCUCCCCGGGCAUCUGCGAUGGAGAUAGACUCUACCAAUGCUGCGUCACAGACGAGAAGCCCCUUUGGGGAUCACAACAAUGCAGCGCCACAAACAUCAUAUGCAUCUGAAGAAAAACAUGUGCCAGCAGGGAGUGCAAUGGCUGUUGGAUGA